AUGGCAAGUUUAGACUGGGGAUAUGAUGGCAAAAAUGGCCCUGAACAAUGGAGAACUCUAUAUCCCAUUGCGGAUGGAAAUAACCAGUCUCCUAUUGACAUUAAAACCAGUGAAACCAAACAUGACCUCUCUCUGAAGCCUAUCAGUGUCUCCUACAAGCCAGCCACAGCCAAGGAGAUUAUCAAUGUGGGACAUUCCUUCCAUGUAAAUUUUGAGGACAAUGACAACCAGUCAGUGCUGCAAGGUGGUCCUCUCUCUCAAAACUAUCGGCUCCAUCGGUUCCAUUUUCACUGGGGCAGUACAAAUGACUAUGGUUCUGAGCACACUGUGAAUGGAGUCAAAUAUUCUGGAGAGCUUCACAUAGUUCACUGGAAUUCUGCAAAGUACCCCAGCUUUGCUGAAGCUGCCACCAAGGCUGAUGGUUUGGCAAUUAUUGCUGCUUUGAUGAAGGUUGGUCAGGCCAACCCAAAGCUGCAGAAAGUACUUGAUGCUCUAAGCGCAGUUAAAACUAAGGGCAAACGAGCCCCAUUCACAAAUUUUGACCCCUCUAUACUCCUUCCUUCAUCCCUGGAUUACUGGACCUACCCUGGCUCUCUGACUCACCCUCCUCUUCAUGAGAGUGUAACCUGGAUCAUCUGUAAAGAGCCCAUCAGCGUAGGCUCAGAACAGCUGGCACAGUUCCGCAGCAUUCUAUCAAAUGCUGAAGGUGACAAUGCUGUCCCCAUACAGUACAACAACAGAUCGCCCCAGCCCCUGAAGGGCAGGACAGUGAAAGCUUCAUUCUCAUGA